AUGGCCUUCAGCAGUGGCGUUAAGCUCGGUGACCUUGACGACUUCAUCUCCCUGUCACAGGAAUGCGUGAAGCCGCUGAUCGAGGCCGCUGAAAGUGGCAGCAGCGCCAAGCUCGGAAACGUCAGCGAAGCUCGGUCACUUCCAGUGGCUGAGGUACCGCAGGUGAAGAAGCCCAACUUGAUCAAGUACAAAUCUGAGAUAUCCGGCGUGAUGCGGAGCGUGUCAAAGCAGAGCGGUUCGGAUCCCAAGGCGCAGAUCGGCCAGGUGACUUUGUCGGAUUGCUUGGCCUGCAGCGGCUGCGUCACAAGCGCCGAGACCGUUCUGCUGCAAGAGCAGAGCGGCGACGAGUUUCUGAAGCGUGCAGAGACUUCGCCGCUCACCGUCGUCUCGAUUUCCGCAGAGGCCCGCACCUCCAUUGCUGCCCACAAUGGCGAGGGGCCCCUGCUGACCUUGCGCCGGAUAGGGGAGGGACUGCGACGGCUGGGUGCCGACCUGGUCCUGGAGGCUUCGGCAGCCGAAGCUGUGGCACUUCUUGAAGGCCAGGCAGAGUUCACGCAGCGCUUCCGCAGUGCCAUGGCCUCGUGGCGACUCGCUUCGCUUCUCGCGAGUCCGACUUCCUGCGAGGCUGUGGGAGGAAAAAAUCUGGAGCGCCACGAAGGUGGGAAGUCUACAGCCGGCAAGCUGCCGCUGCUGACAUCCCACUGCCCAGGUUGGACGCUGUAUGCCGAGAAGGGGCGCCUGGUGAAGACCGCUCUCCUGGAAGCCGUCAACCGUCGGCGCUUCUACCGCUGGUGGCGGGCACGGAGCCCCUUCUUCGCUGCGGGCUACUGGAUCCAGUCGCUUCUGAAGGCAGAGACUUUCACCGCAGUGAACACGCCCGGUGUCUCGGGCGUCAAGGAGGUGGACACAGUGCUGACGGCCUCCGAACUGUCCGCUGGCGACAUUAACUGGUCUUACCAAAGCUCUUUCAACAGCUCCUGUGAGGAGCAGGCAACUGUUGCAGAGAGUCAUGACAGGGGUAGCCUGAUCUUGGUAGCCCUCCUCCCGUCAAUGGAAGUUUUGACAGAUGUCUUCCUCGGAAGCUUAGAGGCUAGAGUGUCGCCGCUCAUUUGUGCGGUGCGCAGCAAUGCUGGGUCGGGCGGCUUCCUAGAACACGUCUUCCGCGAGGCUGCUCGCGAACUGUGGCAGGGCUGCAAAUGGAUGUUCGUGUUUCACUUGGACUUGCCUUCGGCGCCCCUCGCUCUGCAGACAAAGCAGAACGAGGACAUGCGGGAGGGAGGGGAUCCGUUCCAGUGCCGUUUCGGCUUGAGCCGGGCUGUGGCAGCCAUGGCAGCGGCAGCGCAACCGGCCGCGAGCGCCAGCGGGCUUCGAAGGCUUUGCAAGACCCUUGUGGCUGCUACCGGCCUGGCAGUGGCCUGUUUCCUGCAGGGCUGUGAGGACAUCUACCGAGACACAUGUGUCUGGCACAGCGACCUCAACAUCAAGGGCUGCAGCUACUACGGAUACCGUGGGUGUGUCCAACAUUGCCAUUACUGCAUCACGCCGAGCGGGCCGGAUGAGUGCGCGCAGUUGAAGUGCGCUUCGUUCUGUGCCGCUCGUGAGGGUGCAGACUGCAUGAGGAACUAUGCGGCUUUGUGCAACAUUGCGCUGGAAGAGGGGUUUAAGGCCAACACCUCGACCGGCUCCACAUACUACACUUGCGACGUGCAGUGUAGCAGUGCCAGGGCCGCCAGCGUAGCUUUGCCACUGGCUCUGACCCUCGCUGCCAGCUCGGGGAUACCGAAGCGACUCCUUCUCCUCGGAGGAGUCUUGGCUUGGAUGACGUCUCUCCAGGGCUGCGGCUGCCAACCGCCACAGCCGCAGCUGUCCUGGCGACCGGAAGCCUCCGUCUUCGAUGAGAGGACCGGACGCGUCGUGGACGGCAUCUGGCGUGGCAACCCGUCCUGGGUCUGGUGGCCCGACUUGGAGUCCGAGGACUACCAAUGCGUGGACAUGCACCCGACCCACGGUGUUUGCGUAUCCUGGACCAGCCACGAGUGGAACUGCGGCGAGCAUGACUUUGGCAUGUGUAAAUGCUAUCAACUUUCGGCGAAUAACCGUUAUUGCGAAAAGUGGAGCUGCCACAGCCUGGAAGCCGAUCAGCACAUCUGUCGCCACACCGAGGGGGACGAUUCUGGCGAGGAGUGCUGGUACGACGCUUUCCCGAUGACCUACGAUGUCUACAACCAGCUCAUGGAGCAGCAGGCGCAUGGAUCGCUCACGACUGGUGAGAAUGCCUUCGACAAUUGGUGGCGGCCCGCGAGCUUGUGGAACGGAGACAUCGGGCGACGGCUUGGAGAGGAGCGAAACGAAGAGGAUGUCUUGCAGGACUACGUCAGUUACCUACGCCAGCACAACGCCAGCGAGAUGGCCCGGCUGGAGAAGCUUGGCGUCACGACAGAGCCACGAAGGCUGGCAGGCACAGUCAACUGGCCUCCAGUCUACGCGUACAGUCCAGCAUCACGGCAUAUCUAUUUCCGGUGGGGUGAUGUCUGCGUCGUCAACGGCGACAAUGCGAUGUUGGCCAAGAGGCACUGUCACCAAUGGCGGGAAAUUGAGACCGAGAUUCAGAUAUGCGGUUGCCGGCAAGAAGAUCCUAGCGGAAGGCACUGUUCUCGGUGGACGUGUGAGGAUCGCGAUGUUGGCCUUUUCAGCGUCCUCUUCCGGACCACGCAGUCCAUCGACCAGUACACAGAAGGUGUGGAGUUCGAAAGCUACAGCUGCACCAGGACGAAUGUCGAUGACCAUUGCGUGGAAUGGCAAGGUGAUAUCUCUUCACUAGAAGAGGUGGAAUGGACGAAAUGCCAGGCAGUAGACUCCACUCUUCACAGGUUGGGUGCUGUUUGGAUUUGCGACGAAUGGGAGCUCCCCAAGACACGUGACCUCUUCCACGAGAGCAACAUCGGCAUUAUCAUCACCUUUGUCUUCUUUGAGGUUGCCCUUGUUUGCUGCCUCAUCAAGAGUUGCGACGAAGACGGGGACGCACUCAUGGUCACAACGGUCCUGUCGUGGAUCACCGGCCUAUGUCUGCUGCCGUUCUUAGUCAUCACUCUGGGCUUCUACGGCUUUCUCUUUGCAGGUGGGAUCUUCUGGGCCGGUCGCUGCUGUUGCUGCGGAGUGCUGUGCGUCAUGAACAUGAAGAUGCCCGAGUUUAAGCGGGCCGAGCAGCCCAGCAACAAAGUUCGCAUGCAGCGUGGCGCUUCCAAGAUCUUGGGCCGCCAGACCUCGUCUGUCCUUCCGAAAUCCGUUGAAGAGACCAACGAGACCAACGAGAACAACCAAACCAACCAAACCAACCAGGCCGAAAGCGCCGCCCCAUUGCGCUUCACCGCCGCCUAUGGCUUUCGGAACAUCCAGAAUGUCAUCCGUCGCAUCACGAAGGGGAGCAGCGGUGAUGGCAAAGAUAUCGGCCACUUUGUGGAGAUCAUGGCAUGUCCUGGAGGCUGCCUCAACGGGGGUGGCCAGAUCGCGCCGGAGAAGAAGCCUGUCGAGGAGGAUCCCGACACGAAAGCUUCUAGCCAAGUUGUGCGAAGGCAACGCCUCCAGAAUCUUGAGCAGACUCUGGCUGAGGGUGAUGGCACAGCCUAUGUGCACCCAUCAGAGCAUCCUCUAGUUCUCCCGAUCUAUCGCUACAUCGUUUCCCAGGGUGGCGGUGAUUGUCACGACGUGCCUCUUGAAGGCCUCAUCGGAUCUGUCGGGGCGAGGAGCUGGCUAUCGACGGAGUGGAAGAGCCUCAAAGUCGACAGUGACGGCAAAGACGUCGUCAGCAGCUCAGUGGCGAGCUCAGCGGUCAAAGCCCUUAUCCGCUGCACAUGGGCAUACAUGGGCUGCGGUGCAAGUGCAUCGAAGAAGGGCCCGGUGGGCAAACUGAAAGAUGCUAGGACGAAGUCCGGCGAAUCGCUUGAUGCAAAGAAGGGGCUACACAGAGCCAAGUCCGACCUGGAGCUUCAUCGAAAGGAGUGUACAGAAGACGACAUGGGCCAGGUCUUUACGAUCCAGCAAGCCUUUCCGACUGUGGACGCUGCAGGGAGGCGACAUAGCUGUUCAUCAUUGCCAGAAGAGCUGGUAUGCACCACGUGCAGUUGUUUCCUAGUUUCGGACCUGCAGGAGAAAAAGUUCUUCGCGUGCAGAAAGUGCUGGAUGGCUGGCCGCAGGUUCGUGCAGUGCGCGUCCUGCUACAUGGCAGCAGGGGCUCAAGAGGCAUCCCGGAGCUGCAGGCCGAUGUCGCCGAAGAUGCAGCGACGGCGCAGCUCGGGGAACUUGGACGCCAGCUACCUCUCGACGCGCAGGCUCUCACACGCCACCAGUGCAUCGGUUGCUGGGCAGCUGCAACGGCGUGGAAGUGAAGCGACAAUUGCGACUGCAGACGGGUCUUCCGAUGAGGAGAGACCCCCGGCGGUGGAAGUGCAAGAACCCUUGAAGCAGCGGCGCCACUCCGUUCAAAGCCAGUCACCAGGCAGGCGCCGGUCCAGUACCCGGGAGAUGUCAAUGUCUCCGUCACGGCGGCGGUCAGAGGUACCCCCACAGCGACGGCAAUCAACAAACGAUGGCCUUGUUACAAAGUCCACUUCCAUGCUGGACAUGUUCGAUUGGACGAAGCUCUCUGGAACCUGGGACGUGGAGAUUCGCGAAGAGGGCGCCAAGACGAGGAAGGAGCAGAGGCUUCUGACUUUCUGCGACUCGGGGAGCAUCACCGGGACAGGCAGCGCUGACUGCGUGUCGCUGGAUGGGAAUGCGACCGGCCUCAACAUGGAGUGGCUGGAGGUCUAUCCUUGGGGAAGCAUGCAUGUGACGGCGAAGUACAAAGUGAAGACCAAGAUGCUUGGAUCAAGUAAGAUGUAG